AUGAAUAAUUACAAAAACGACAGGAGGGAAGGGCCCAUAGAAGAACCGGAGUACCUCUUCUGGGAAACCGAGCUGUACCAUAAGUCGUUUUUCAAAGCAAAAAAGAAUAAAAAGUUCAUCUACUAUGACGGAGCAGGAGCGUGGAAGUAUCUGUUCUACCACUGGCUCAACAAGUGGGUCAAGUUUAUAUGCGCAGUGUACGCGGAGCCGUAUAUGUACCACCCGCUGCCAGUGUCAGACCAAAUACUCUACUGGCAACCAAUAUUCUCGAAGCACGUGAGCGACGGACUUAUCAAAAGAGAGGAGGCGCAAAUGUCAAAGCGAAAGUCGAGAAGAGCAAGAAGAACAAACAGAUCAAUACUGCUGAGAGCACUCUUCAGAACAAUCUGGAAGAGAGGACUGUUCCUAGUAAUAGGACUCAUCAUAGUUAACCUGUUGAGUAUGAGUAUCGCAAUCCUGGUCAAAAAACUGCUGCAAAUGAUAAACAACGAUAGAAACGGAUUUAUACUGACAUUCCUGCUCCUGGUGGCAAUCGUAGUAUGUCAGAUCAUAGACGGGCUCCUGGUGGAAAACAUCAACUUCUACCUGCUGAGACUAAACUGCAUAGUGCACUACCUCUUCUCAAUUAACAUAUUCGAGCACGGAAUGUGCCACAGAAGAAAGUUCGCAAACGACAUCAACGGCACGAACGCACUUAAGGUGUGUAACCAGGUGCUGCACAGCUGUGACCCGGAGUCGGAGUGCAUGAAGAACCCGCUCUUCUGCCAGGCGCUGCGCUACCAGAACAAGGACGUCAACUCGCAAAUGUACUCGUUCGCAAUCAUCGACUCGUACUACAUCGCACAGUCGCUGGAGUCGUUCAAGUACAUCAUAGAGUUCGUGACCAAUUUCGGCUACGGAAUAUUCCUGCUCUCAUUCCAAGUUAAAAUGGAGCUGUGGGUGCUGUACUCAGUGGGAGUAUUCUUCCUCUUCUCAAUGAUACUAAUCGAAAUCCUUAACGCAUACCUGUUCAACUUCAUACUGUACCUGCGCGACUACAAGAUCACGAAGUGCAACAACAUCACACUCUCACUCUCGCUGGUAAAAAAGAUGUUCUACGACGACAUCGCACUCAACAUCAUCACGCAGAGCAGGAACAAUGAGCUCUCGCUCUUCUUCAUAAGGAUGCUGCUGACGCUCUUCAACAUGACGCUCUACAACAUGUGCGUCAACAUAACCUUCUACAUGAUACAGAGGUACUUCGUCAAGUCGCUGAACGAGACCUCGGACAUCAUUAAAAUCGACACGGCAGGAUUCAUGGCGACCUUUUACAUAUUCCUGAGGAUCAUCGACUCGAUGUUCCUGAUACCAAUGUCGAUCAGAAUGUUUGGAAUGGGAUACGCCUCCUUUAAAAGAAUCAACAGGUACAUCAAGGACUGCUCGCCCAAUUUCUACAUCGCAGACAACAGGUUCACGGGCACGAAUAACCUGGACUCAGUGGUGAGUGACACAACGAGUGAGCUCCCGAAAGACGCAGUCGUGUACUACAAGGAGGCAACCUUCUCGUGGGUAAACUCGUGCAAGGACCUGGCAAGCAUGACAUACGAACAGUAUCUUAAAAAGGUCAACUUCGAGUUGAAAAGAGGCGAAAUCGCAAUAAUAACGGGAGUGCAAGGGUCAGGAAAGUCUAACUUCAUCAAGUCGAUCCUGGGUGAGAUGACGCUGGUCGGGGGAUCGAUGGCAGUUGUGCCUCUACACACAUCAAUGCCAAUAUUCUACGCAUCCCAAGAUAUUUGGCUACAGCACGGCACCAUAAGGUCAAACAUCACGUUCGGCUAUCGCUUCGACGAGCAGUUGUACAACACCGUUUUGAGUGCAGUGGAGCUGGACUACGACAUAUCGACCUGGGAAAAGGGAGACAGACGCGUGUUGUCGGACAACGCGCACUCCCUGAGUGGAGGUCAACGUGUAAGAAUGGAGUUGGCGCGAGCAGUGUACGCGUAUCUGGUAUUCCACAAAGUGAACACUGAGUAUAACAACAGUCAAUGUUCGUUCCUGAUGUGCCUGGACGCAUCGUUCAACAGCCUGGACCCCUACGUCUCGAAAAACAUAUUCAAUAACCUCUUUAACGUUAAAACAGGGCUCCUGAUGAAGGGGGACCUGUCAGUAGUCCUGACGUCCUCGUACCAGACACUGGUCACGACCUCGAAGCUGUCAGACCUGAAGCAGGUGCCAAGCAUCCCGAUCUAUAACAUCAAGAACAGGACGCUGAAGUUCUACGCAGACAUACACGACUUCGUCAAAAAAAACAGAGUUAACAUCAACGGAGAUAGCACUGAGGUGUCGCCGGUGAGCAACGGCGAGUACCUAAUGAACUACUUGACGAACGAUAUGAUUAACCGCUGUAACUCGGACUCGAUAACGAGGUCGGGAAGAGUAGAGCAGACAAUAUCGAAGUACAGCAGGUCAUUUAAAACGUACGUCAAAAACGAGCUUUCAGGAAUUAAGUUCAACCCGUACGUGGUGUACAUGAAGCCGGCACUUCCGACGUUCCUAAUAUACAUCCUGCUGAACAUCGCACUCAACAUCAUGAACAACCUGAAGUACGUAUUCGCAACAAACGUGUCAUACCACAUAACGAAGAACAUACAGAAGUACAAAAACGGAAUCUCAGUGGAUAUGUUUGAAAUCAGAACGUAUUCAAAGUACUCAUUGUACAUUGUCCUGACAGUGAUCAUCAUCACGAUCAUGUUCAGCCUCCUGUCAUCGGUGCUGUUCUCAGUAUCGUGCAUCAUAUCGUCACGUAAAAUACACGAGUACGUGGUCGAUUCAAUAUUUAAAAACAGCUCCUCAGUAAUUAAAAUCAAGAGGGACAUCAGCCAAAUAAUAACCUCUAUCUCAUGUGACAUGUACGUCGUGGACGAGGAGGUGGGAUACUACCUCUCGCUGUGCUACACGUACCUGAUACAGACGCUGAUACACAUCGUGACGCUCUUUUACCUGAUACCCAUCUCUAUACCAUUCGUUAUCAGCGCAAUGCUAUUCGUCUACUUCUGCGUCCUGAAAAGGUACAUCCAUUCCUCCAAAAACAUACACUUCGCGUAUCUGGAGACGUGCUUCCACCUCAACUCGGUGCUCGAGAAUGCGAUCACAGGGUCCUCGAUAUACAGGAGCUACGGAAGGAACUCGGACCUUUUGACGAGUUUCAUGGAACACAGGGAAUACAAGGCAAGGUGCAAGUUCGUGCUCUACUCGCUGGUGUCCUGGUCGUCGAUACUGUUCAACUGGAUCUUCUCGUACUCGACGCUUUUGAUACUCAUCCUGUUGAUCACGCUCGACAAGUUCACGAAGAUUAAGCUCAAGGUCGGCUACUUCUUGCUGGCGCUCUCGCUCUCGCUGAGCGUCGUGAAGUCAUUCGAGAAAUUCUCCUCGAUUUUCUCAAAGUUCGAGAUAGCCAUAUGCUCAGUCGAGAGGUUCCAGUACUUCAUACCGCCGGGCAUGGGCGUGGAGUUCGACAAGUUCCUCAACACCCACGAGGAGUACGUGGUCAAUCCGACGAACAAAGACGUCAAAAAGGUCUACGAAGGAGAGUUGAUAAAAAGAAGGGCAGCAGAGUUUGAAUCUGAUAACAAGAAGUUUUACGGCUUGAGGAAGCUCUUCUACCACCCGAAGUUGACGAUCCUAGACGUGGACGACUAUCUGACGCAUAAACAUGCCGGCGUUGAGCUGGAAGACGUGAGCGUGUACACGUCAUCCAUUCACAACCCAGAAGGAAUGAUAUUGAAAAAUAUUACGGUCUCAGCCCACAAAUCUGAAAUCAUUGGUAUGGUAGGUAGAACAGGCGCCGGUAAAACGACGCUGUUGUCAGUAUUACAGAACAUAGCCGAGAACAGAACGGGUCAAGUGUUGUUGGACGGGAAGGACCUGAAUGACAUCCCCAAGGUUGUCCUUCGACAGAUUAUAGGUGUCAUCCCCCAACUGCCCUUCGUCUUCAAGGGAUGGACCAUUCGUAGAUUCCUAGAUCCAAGAAAGCUCUUCAGCGACGAUGAGAUUAAAUACGCCCUCAGCAGCUGCGGCCUCCUCAAGUUUGUAAACGAGCUUCCAGGAGGGAAGAAGUUGGAUACAGUUUUGGUCCCAGAGGAGCCGGUGCUGUACUAUCUUAAGUCGAAAACGGUCCAAUUCAUACCGACGCGAUACGAUUACGACACGUCAAUCUACAAUGAAUUGGCAAAGCCGGCGUUCGACAGCGAUAUGCUGCUAUCAUACAAUCAGCUCAGAACACUGUCGUUGGCUAGACUAGUGCUAUACAGAGACCUCUUCAGAAUCAUUCUGGUCGAUGAGCCUCCAGAAAACUCGGACGAACAACAGUACCUGGACAACGACACUGAGACGAAUGGCGCCGGCGUGCCCAUAUACCAGCUGCUCAAGAUGUAUUUCCAGCACUGCACGACCUUCGUCACAGCGCACAACGCCAACGUCCUCAAGACCUGCACCUCGGUCUGGGUAAUACACGACGGUUGCCUGGUGAGGACAAUUAAAACGAGUGAUAUCGCAGCAGAUGAGUCUAUCGCAAGCAUAAUCGGGGAAAGCAUAACGCUCAACUGA